UUGGGUGCAAAAUAUUAUCAAAUAAAACGAAAACUAUCAACAACGGUCAAUUUUAUUUACAAUAAACAGUUUUGACGUGUUAUUUACUGACACUUUCCACUGUUAGACCUGCUUGGUAAUCUGACCUCCAGAUAAAAAAUGUUCGGCAGAACGGAAACAAAAAAGGAUAGUUUUCUAGAGCAAACCAAAGCCGCCCGUGAGGAGCGGGCCAAUGAGCGAGCAAUGGAGGAAAAGCGAGACAAAUCAAUCGUUCUGCUGCAGAAAAAUAUUCGCGGUUGGUUAGCUAGGACUAAGUUUCGUAGGCUAAUAUUAAAUGAAUUUGAUGCUUUGCUACCUCCGGUAGCCAACCCUACCAAAGACAUCGAAUUAAAGCCAUGUUUGCAGAUUUAUCGUGCCGCAUCACAUUUUCUACUGCAGUGGAAAUCAAACACAUCUGCCGAGGCAUCCAAUCAGGAUCGUCUCGAGCGUCUGUGUCGUUAUCUAAUAGCCAGCCUUGAGUCUGAUUCGCCGAAAACCAGUUAUAUUGGAGUGGCACUCAAUAAGGAUUACAGUCUAGCCUGGAUAAGACACAUCAAAAAGCUGCUGUAUCGGUGUUGUACAGCUGUAGAACAGCUUCGUCCUGAAGCUCACAGCGAUAGCAUAUCAUUGGCCUUAUAUCUGCACACGCUGGUGGCUUUCACCUCCUCUAACAGUUGGGUUUUGUUGAAAAACAAAUCUUUAGCAGGGCUAAAACCUGGAAUGUUGCAACUGUGUAGCAACAUAAUGGGUGAUUUGGUGCAAAAAGGGUUUUACCUGAAUCUGCGGAAUAUUUUGGUGCGAGGGACGUGUCGGACGGUUAUUACCCUGAAACCAAUAUCAUUGACGGCUAUCAUGACCCUAGCCGUGCGGCCAUUGAUAUCCAGUAACUUCAGCGAGAAUCUUAUGUCGCAAUUUCUGGUGCAAAUUCUGUCUGUUCCUGGUAUCAUAUUCCAGUUGGAGCAGUGCACUCCGGAGUGUCUUAGCAACUUGCAAUCUCAUCAUAUUCUUGAAAGGACACUGGAUUUGCUCAGCGUUGACGAAGCGGUGAAAUACGUACUGAAUUCGCUACAAAACAGUCUUCUGCUGUCGCUGCUUUCCAACAUCGUUCACCUGUACUAUCUGGAACCUCCGGAAGAUGCACUGAAACUAGCCUACCCAACCUUCACUUUUGUAGUAACUCAGCUACUGAAUGGCAUCCUCGCCAGCGUCGGUCAGUCGGGCGGAACCUGUAGUCAGUGGCAUGAACUUCUCGGUUGGUUUACUCCUGGCAAAGAACGUCUUCAAAAUGAGAACCUUCCUAUCAUUAAAAAACAAAUUCACCUACUGUGGAAUCAUAGGAUAGUCAAGCUUUUGCUUGGGGAAAAUUUGAAACAGCUGGCUGUUGGAUAUGAAACCAUCGAAUACACGAUACCCAGUGGAAAUAGUACGGGAAAUCUGCUGAAGCGAGCGUUAACGUUCGAACGAAAUUCCGUUAAAGGACCAAGCGAGAAGAAAGCAAGUAAAUCCUAUCGAAAGAUUGGCUCCGGCGAAGUUUCACGGGUGGCACUUACCUGUGCCAUGUAUCAGGCUGCUUUGAGUGCACUAUCGCAGCUGCGAUUGGAUAUCCUGUCUGGUUUAUGCUACAAUGACACUGUACUUCAUGACCUAUGGCUUUUGUUAGGAUCGUUAGGUCCAACAUGUGGAAUGAAAGGCUUCAUUGAGUUGCUUCAGGUGAAUCAAAUAUGCUACGACCCUCCUCUGCUGCUGCUGUCACUUUUCUGUGAUUGUAUGACUCAUUACGUUACAAUUUUGGACGAUCUGGAAAUGUACGAACAGCAGACCCCGUUCAGUCUGAACGACUACAUUGCGCUGUCGCACUUUCUCAACACAUUCCUCUACCGUACGAUUCAGGACCAAAUAUUCGACGUUAAAACUGUCACCAGUGCUCCGCUGUUCGUGUCGACGCAUACGCUGCUGUUGUGUCUCUAUCGGCGAGACUGUCGACGGCCAUUCGCUCCUCCGAAUCAUUGGCUGAUUCGUGACAUUAGACCAUCACAUUUUCUAACCGACCUAGAGAAGGGCAAAAAACACACACAAAUUCUUCUACAGAAAAUGCCUCACAUAAUCCCACACGAAGAUCGCGUACAACUGUUUAGGAAAUUUGUACAAAAUGAAAAGGCUGUUUUGGGGUUGACAGAAUCGGCAUGUGCAUCGCCCAGCUCGGCUCUGGUCACCGUACAUAGGGAUCGAAUUGUUGAGGACGGUUAUCGGCAGCUGGCUGCGCUCCCUCCUCAUGCCCUGAAAGGCGUUAUUAGAGUUAGGUUUGUCAAUCAGCAAGGUCUGGAUGAAGCUGGCAUCGAUCAGGACGGAGUGUUUAAAGAAUUUUUAGAGGAAACUAUUAAACGAGUAUUCGAUCCUUCCUUGAACCUUUUCAAGACGACUACCGAGCAGAGGCUAUACCCCUCACCAACCUCCCAUAUGCAGGAAAACCAUCUCCAGCUGUUUGAGUUUGUCGGCAGAAUGCUAGGGAAAGCUGUCUACGAAGGAAUUGUUGUGGAUGUUCCGUUUGCGUCAUUCUUCCUUUCACAAGUUCUUGGGCAGACGCAGCAAGCCCUGUACAGUUGCAUGGACGAGCUUCCCUCGCUAGAUAAAGAACUCUAUCGUAGUUUAACUUUUAUCAAGCACUACCAGGGAGACGUGGCAGAUUUGGAUUUGACGUUCAGCGUUGAUGAGGAUGUGAUGGGAAAGAUUGUGACACACGAGCUGUAUCCGGGCGGAAAAGCUAGGGGUGUCAACAACGACAAUAAAAUCAACUAUAUCCACUACAUGGCAUACUUUCGAAUGCAUACACAGAUACGCGACCAGACCGCUGCUUUCAUACGCGGCUUUAGAAGCAUAGUAAAUCCAGACUGGCUAGCAUUAUUUUCUACGCCGGAACUACAACGACUGAUAUCUGGUGACACAGCGCCGCUCGAUUUGAAGGAUUUGCGAAAACAUACACAGUACUACGGAGGAUUCCACGAUGGCCACCGCGUCGUCAGUUGGCUAUGGGACAUUCUAGCUAAAGAUUUCAGUGAAGAGGAGAAGAAGCUAUUUCUCAAGUUCGUCACCAGCUGUUCAAAGCCACCCCUGCUAGGAUUUGCCCAUUUGGAGCCACCAUUUUCGAUUCGUUGCGUAGAAGUCGGUGAUGACGAAGACAUCGGCGAUACGGUUGGUUCGGUAAUUCGCGGCUUCUUCACUAUCCGCAAAAAGGAUCCGCUGAAUCGUUUGCCAACUUCAUCGACCUGCUUUAACUUGCUAAAAUUGCCCAACUAUCAGAAGAAAAGUAUGCUGCGGGAUAAGCUCCGGUAUGCCAUAUCCAGUAAUACAGGCUUUGAACUGUCCUGAAAAGUGAUAAACACUAAGCGUGUAGCACUAAAAUAUAUCAUCCGUACUUUUGUAUCCGGUUGGUGUGCCUGGGAUUGUAAGAAUGUCAUCGUUAUUAUUUAUUACAACCAACGAAUGCUGUAAGCAGAAAUAGCAGCUUAAAUUCAGUAAGCAUCCUAAUACGCAGUGAUUUAUAUUUAAACGGUGCGCCGGCAAAAAUCCGAAAUCACAUGGCAUUGGCAUACUAUAGCGGGCAGCUGUAAUUUAGAGAAAUUUGCACGAAGAAAUAUGAUGUAUUAACUGUGAUAGUAAAGAGUUUAACUGCAGGCUAAUGAAAAUUGGCCCAGAGGAGAUUAUAUCUUAUAUUGCUAAACAAAACAAAAAAAAAACAAAAACCAUUCUUCCGAAUUGGCGAAGGCCUUUCGCUGUUGUCACAAUUUUUAACACAUGCAACAAUUAUCUCUACGUCUGAUUGUUAAUGACAACAGAAAGCCCUAUCAACCCCUAAUCGACAAUUUAACAGGUAGACCAAACUUCCCUUAAACACAUUUUCACAGUGGAAAAUCCCAAAACUUUCAUUUGAUAUGUUCUAUGUUAGAUAUAAUGGAAACUAAAGAAAAGUUUCGGUCAGACGAAUUAUACCCACAAGUAGAUACUCGAUGUUAGCGCGCUUAUUGCAGGGCUAUGAAAGUGAAAAACAUUGAAAUUAAAAAGCAUACCGACACUUUGAUAUGCCAGUUUUUAUUCGCGAGGUAUCGUUUGUUCAGCUCUGAAUUUGUGUAGCAAUUUAUUAAGUGUAAUAUGUUGUUACUGUAGCAAAGUGUAUGUUAAUGAGCAGUGAAUUAGUU